AUGUGUGGCAGCAUGAGGAGUCUCAAGAGUGAGAUUGCAGGGAGCAUAACAAGUGAGACGUCAAAUCAGAAGACUGCUGAGAUUAAUUCUUGGACAAAACAAGAACCCACCUCACCAAAUCAGUCCGUUUCUGAAUUGAAGAAAAUAAAUGAGAGUACGACAAACCUUAGUGUUCAUGCUACUGCACUCAAAUUUAAAGUAGAUGGAGAUGUUGAAAUUCAAUCACCUGAUUAUUCAAUGUGGGAGUCAAUUUUCUCUGAUGAACAGAAGUUACAAGGUGAUUUCAUGGUUUUCUCACCAGCGAGGAACAUGUCACCACAGGCAUCCAGUCUUCUAGUUUACUCUCCACCUCGCAUCUUGUCUCCUCUUGGCCAGAAAUUAGGCAAGGGGCUGAGCCCACUUCACAGGGUUUCCAAUUCUCCAAAUAUUCAAUAUAUGCCACUGGAAAGCCUUUCUCUGUCUGCUCUCGAGAGUAUUCCAUUGGACGAUAAUUGCAUAGAGGAUGAUGAUUUAGUAGUUUUCUCCCCGAUGAAGAUAACUGGAGGUGAUGGUGAAAGCUCAUCUAGUUGUGCUUUUGAAACUCUUACAAUGGUGCAAGAAUUGUUGGAUUCCUCUACAUUGCAAGAUUCAGCUAGGUUUUACGGAUCGGUGGUGAGUAGUGCCUCAUCAUCCAUUCGAGAAUGUUCAAAUGAAACUCGAGAGAAUGGAAUUUAUCAUGCGGGAUCAACUGUACCUGCACAACUAUCGCAACAAUUACACCAGGAAUGGCAGCAAGAACAGAAACAAAGAAGCCUCCAAUGGCGGCAGCAGCAACAAGCUCCACCACUGCAAGGAAGACAUCAACGGCCACAGCAAAACCAACUACAAAAUAUACAUAACAGCAGCUUGAUGGUGCCUGUUUCUAUUGGAUCUGAGCAGGAACAGGAUGGUGGGCCACACUUGGUGCACUUGCUUCUUGCUUGUGCAGAAGCAGUAUCCAAAGAGGAUUACAUGUUAGCCAGGAGGUAUCUCCACCAUCUCAAUCGACUAGUCUCGCCCGUUGGCGAUUCCAUACAACGUGUCGCUGCUUGCUUCACUGAAGCCCUAAGCACAAGACUUGCUGCCACCCUAACAAACAAGCCUAGCACCACCAAUCAAAACCCAUCCUUUAAUCCUUUUCCUGAUCCCAAGUCUCCAGAAAUCCUCAAAAUUUAUCAAAUUCUUUAUCAAGCAUGCCCCUACAUCAAAUUUGCUCAUUUCACUGCUAAUCAAGCCAUUUUCGAGGCAUUUGAAUCCCAAGUGUGUGUCCAUGUCAUUGAUCUUGAUAUCCUUCAGGGCUAUCAAUGGCCCACCUUCAUGCAAGCCCUAGCUGCCAGGCCAGGUGGUGCCCCAUUUCUCCAAAUCACCGGUGUGGGCCCCUCCCUGGAGGAUCUGAGGGAAACUGGUAGAUCUUUGGCUGAACUAGCUCAUUCUCUACAUGUCCCAUUUGAAUUUCAUCCCAUUGGCGAAAAACUUGAAGACCUAAAACCCCAAAUGUUCAAACGAAAGGUUGGUGAGGCUCUUGCAGUUAACUCUGUUAGCCGGCUCCAUUGCGUUCCAGGCAACUGUCUCGGGAAUCUAUUGACCAUGAUCAGGGAUUUAUCUCCAAAUAUAGUGACCAUGGUUGAGGAAGAGGCAAGCCACAAUGGACCUUUCUUCUUGGGAAGAUUUCUCGAGGCAUUGCACUAUUAUUCAGCAGUCUUUGACUCAUUGAAUGCGACAUUUCCGCCAGAUUCUGCACAGAGGGCUAAGGUGGAACAAUACAUAUUUGCACGGGAGAUUAGGAACAUUGUAGCAUGCGAGGGGUCUGAGAGGGUAAUCAGGCAUGAAAGGUUGGUAAAAUGGAGGAGACACAUGGAAGUAAAGGGAUUUAUAGGGGUUCCACUAAGUGAAAAUGCCAUCACUCAGUCAAAAAUAUUGCUGGGACUAUACUCAUGCGAUGGUUAUAGACUGACACAAGACCAUGGUUGCUUGCUUUUGGGGUGGCAGGAUAGAGCUAUUCUUGCUGCAUCUACAUGGAAAUGUUGA